AUACGCGAGGAGGAUCGAGGCAAGGAAGGAGAGGAACGAGCGCUGAAGGGGACGGGGAGCUGAGCUGAAGGUGCUGAACCCCAACGGCUCCUUGAACUUGUGAUCCUGAACGCGUGUGAACGCGUGCCAGUCGUUUGAGGAUGAACGGAGACAAGCAAGACAAGCAGAAGCUUGCGCAUGCUGCGGCUGUGAGAGCGAAGAAGUCUAAGAAAAAGGCAUGGUGGGCCUUCAGCAGGAGCCAGAUCAUUGUCUCUGUUGCCGUCGUGCUGCUUGCGAUUGGAUAUCACCUGUACAAGAACAGGACAUCUAUCUUCGGCAAUGAGAAGAAGUCUCAGGCGAACGAGGCUCUUAGAAUAGGGAACAUCCACCUGGAGCAAGGAGAUUUCACCACAGCAAUCUACUACUAUGAGCUGGCGACGAGGCUCUAUCCCUCUCUGACUAGUGCCUGGACGAACAUGGGAACAGCGCUUACCUCCCAGAUGAGGCGCAUGCUGAACAAGGAGCCGAUCUACAAGAGGGCGGUGCAGGCGUACGAGAAGGCGCUCGAGGUCUCACCCUCGGACGUGGACGCUGCGUUCAACCUCGGAGUUCUGCACCAGUCGAUGGAGAACGUGGACCUGGCCAUCCCAUGGUACAAGAAGGCCCUCAGCCACGACCCCAAGCAUUUCGAUGCCCUCGGAAACCUGGGCAGCGCGCUUCACAAGAAGUCCGAUCUCGAUGCAGCCAUAAAGGCCUACAUGGAGGCCAUUGAGAUUGUACGGGAGCUCGAUCAAUCGCUUGUCGACCAGCAGCAGGUCUCGAUGCUCUAUUAUCUCGCCGGCGCUGCGUUCUCGUCUAAGCCUGCGGAGAGCUGCGGCGAGGUGAAUUGUAUGGAAGAAGCUGUGGAGAAGCUCAAGCUCUCCUUGCAACACAACCCGAAGAACGAAGAGGCCAAGCACGCUCUCUCCGCCUUGAUCGCUGACCCCAACGUCACCGCGGCCUCCAACGAUUACAUCAGCACGCUAUUCAACGAGUACGCGGCCACGUUCGACAAGUCUUUGGUGCAGGACCUCAACUACACGGUACCGCAGCAGAUGAGUGACGUCAUCGCCACCGUCAUGACGCAGAAGCGCGUGAAGAGCUUCAACAAGGUGGUGGACGUCGGAUGCGGCACGGGCUUGCUGGGCCCUUAUCUUCGGAAUGUCUCCACCUCCUUGAUUGGCAUCGACUUGUCCGUGGAGAUGCUUGAGUAUGCUCAGCAGCGCCAAGUGUACGACAUGCUGUACAUCGGAGAGAUCAACUCGACUCUACAGCUGUGGCAGAACAAGUCAGACACAGAGAACUUCCGGCAGCUCGACCUCAUUACCGCAGCUGAUGUGUUUGUGUACGCCGGGGACCUGCAGCCUUACUUCCAGUCUGCAGCAGCUUCACUGAAGAGGAACGGAUGGUUUGUCUUGUCGCUUGAGCGUCUCGAGAAGAACGAGUCGGCAGCAGAGGACACAAAUGCUGCCGAGCCUGCGGCUGAGGCUUCCGGAGAGGCGAAGGGGAUGAAAAAAUACUCCGUGACUGAUGCAGAUCUUAAGAAAGGAUGGAAGCUGCAGCUGUCAGGCCGCUUUGCUCACACACGAGCGUAUGUGGUCGAGCUCGCGAAGCAGCAUCACUUCCAGGUGCUGUACCACGAGAAUAUAAUCCCGAGAAAAGACAACAUGGUAGAUGUGCAGGGCCAACUUCUGGUGCUUCAAGUCACAAAGUAAGUGAAAGAGAGAGAACAAAUAAUCUCGAUUCAUUCUUCAAAUUCAUCGUUGUAGUCCCUUUGGUGCUCCCUUCAUAGAAAAAUGAAGUUCCACCC